AUGCACCUUCACGCCGGCGCGAGUCUGGCGGCCGAGGUCCCAGGCUUCUCCCGCGAGCAAUUGGACUGCCUGGCGCACAGCAUCGAGCUCCGGCGGCAGCAGCUCGAGCAGGACAUCAACGCCUACGUUGCGCGCAAGCAGGCCGAGUUGCGCCAGUAUGAGCAAGAGCUUGUAGAGCAGCACCGCUCAAUGGAUCGCGACGAGGGCGCUGAGAUUACGUCCAGACGCUCCAGCACAGCGUCACAGUCAGAGUCACAGUCAGAGUCACAGUCAGAGUCGCAGCCCCAGUCGCAACCCCAGUCGCAAUCCCAGUCGCAACCCCAGUCGCAAUCCCAAUCGCAACCCCAGUCGCAAUCCCAAUCGCAAUUCCAGUCGCAAUCCCAAUCGCAACCACAAGCCCAACCCCAGUCCUCGCCCGAGGAGCAGAAGAAGCAGAAGAAGCACGGCCGCGUGCACAAGCGCGAGAAAGAGCUGUAUGGACUAGUCACGCCCGUGUUUCUGCCACUGCUCGACGCGCGCGAAUCGACGUUGCCGACGAAGAAAGAGAAGAAGGCAGCCAGCACCUCACCCAGCGCUGGGCCGUCGAGGGCGGCGCGCGAUGCUGAGAGCAGCCAAGAGGGUCGCAGGUCACUGAGCAAAACAGACGACGUGGACCGUGACAUGGCGGGGGAGGCGAUGGUGAAAGAGCGGUCGGCCUCUGAUCCAGGCAAGAAGUCACGAAGGUCGUCGAUCAAGAAGAAAUCGGCCCUGCGCCACAGCAGCACCCCACGAAACCGCAAACGAGUCAGUCUGGUCAUCGACGACCAGGUGGUGCUCCCCUCGGACAUGAUCCAAGAGCCCGCCCUCAUCUCGCCCAGCAGUGAGACGACGUCGGCAACGAACUCGACCGCCUCGCUCGACGACAUGAUCGACCCCCGAUUGACCAACACGGACGCGCCCGUCUACAUCGAGCACCACCACGCCGUGCACCACAGCCUGCCUUUGACCACCUCGCAGCCCAAGAGGCCACCGGUAGAGGCCGUGGCAGGGCCCGUGUCCCAGCCAACGCCCGUCAUGGCCGAAUCCGCACACUCGCCCCCCACCUCACCGGCCAAGCGCUCCCCCACCACAGCCUACGCACCGCCCUCGUAUGCGACACGCUCCUUCCUCGACCCGCCGCCAGAACGCAUGCACAUGGAAGAGAUCCCCACGAGCGCAGGGCCAGGAGCGCUAUACGCGGACGAGCGGAAGCUAGGCGAGACGGCAGAAGAAGACUUCUCGACGUACGUGGGAGGCAUGUCAGGGAGCGGGGUCGACGACGUGAACCAGGUGGGCAGCGUCGGGUAUCCAAGCAGCGUCGGGGCCAGCUAUCUGGAGAGCUACAUGCAGACGCGGCCGCUGAGCGUGCGCAUGGCAGCCGCAGAGCGCGAGGGGGACGAGGGCGAGCUGAGGCGGUUGAGGAGCCUCGAGGAGCGGCGGAAACAGAGAGAAGCAAAGGAGACGAGAGAGACGGAAGAGAAGGAGAGGAUCGAGGAGGAAGAGUGGGAUGUGGAUGUGGAUGUGGAUGUGGACGUGGGUGUGGAUGUUGGACGGGCCAAGGAUGCAGACGAGGAUGAUUUCAUGGGGAGCAUGGAUGAUUUCUGA